GGAGUCUUACUUAGAGCUCUUAGAGGCGCCAAAUUCCUUGCAGGAAGGCCCAACCGCCCUCCUAGAUCUGCCGCUUCAGGCCACAGCGGGAGGGAUGGUAGUCUCAGGACAAAGGUCGCAGGCAGAGAAGCCCACAAGGACCCCGCGCUGCGCAGCCUCGCGUCUCCAAAAGCUCCGAGUUUCGGGGCGCCUGACGGCCCUGACCGGUGCGAAGGGGGCGCUCCGCGGCCAAGUUCACCACGUCACUCGCGAUCUGACCCGCUGUUCCCGCCCCGGUUCCUGGUGACGCGAGCGACACGGGCCGCCGAGGGAAAAAAUGAACACACUGGAGAAAGGCAUGGGAGAAAUAGUGGGCUUGGACCCUUCAUCCUCUCCCUUUCCCUUUUCUGCUCAGCCUGAUGGGGUUUAAAUUCUUCGUCAUCACCAUCAUCAUCAUCUUGGGUACCCUUCAAGGCAGCAAUCACCGACUAUGGCCUCUUGGGUUUGGAGGAUGCUUCCUAGGAAUGUCCGUUUCUUGACUACAUCAUCAGAGAACCAGCGGGUUGAAGAUUGUCAUCGUCACCAGGAGGCCUAUGGGUACUUCUUGCCCAUCCAGACGAGGUGGCAGGACAAUGACCAGUAUGGCCACGUGAACAAUGCCGUGUACUACAGCUACUUUGACACCAUUAUCAACCACUACCUGAUCAGGUACUGCGGCCUGAAAACCCGCUUGCUGACGUCCCCCUUGGUGGGGUUCAUGGUGACCAAUCAGUGCACCUUCCACGCACCAGUCGGCUUCCCUCAGGUUCCGGUGGCUGCUCUGGCCGUGGAGAAAGUGGGCCACUCCAGUGUGCAUUACCGCCUUGCUCUGUUUCCACCCAAGCCCGCCCAGGAGCCGCCCACAGCAGAUCACCAUGACCUCAGUGACGGCUUUUUCUUUGGCCACCCCAAGCUGGCGCAAUUUGACACUUUGGCCUGUACCACUGGGUCCUCGGUCCACGUUUUUGUGAAUCCAGCCACCAGCAAGCCCGUGGGCCUCCCAGAACACUUCAGGAGGGGCCUCCUGAGGCUGAGGAGGCUGGCUUCCGUGUGAAGUGUCUGUGUGUGGAAUUGUGCCUGUCAAGGAAUAAAGUUGAGAUUAUUC